AUGCCGUUGGUACCUCGAUACACAUGGGAGGAAGACUCGAACAGUCUUGCACUAGAGCUGCAUCUACCCGGAAUAGCACCACGAAACAUCGACAUUUAUGUAAGCGAUCUCGUGAUCAAGGUCAAUGCUACGCCGUAUGUGCUUCUUUUGGAUCUACAAGAUGCGGUGGAUGAUGCAUCUGUGGUUGUACAAAGCAUCCCCACAUCGAAUCAACUUCGGAUUUCGUUGAAAAAAGUGGAGAGUCGAAUGUGGAAAAAUCUUCAGUUUCAAGGCUCAAAGAGUGUCCUUAGAGAGCGUCGUGAUGCAUCGAUGGAGCGAAGAAGAGCAAGCGAGAUGGCAUUCAGUGAGAAGAGGAAGGAAAAGAGGCAUCAGGUAGAGAGAGAGACGUUGCGUGCUCAAAUGGCAGUCGACGAUACGAAUCGUCAAAUACUCAGCGAUUUAAAGGCGGAGGAGAAAGAUCGAGAAGAGCGAAGCUUGUACGAGUCAUUUCGAGAGCUUCAAUCUCAAACACAGCAGCAGAAAGAAAGAGAAAUCCAACGGACAGAAGACCAGUCCGUGGUCACGGAAUCUUCAAUGGCUGAUAAAAUUGAUGAAGAUUCAAAGACAAGUAGCAAUCAUUUGCAGAGCAAAGUGUCUUUUGUUUUGCCGCCAAAAGAUAGCGACAACAAGGUCAAAGAAGAAAUUAUUGAGUUAACAGACGAUGGCUGCUUUGACAUCUCAAGCUCGACAAAACAAUUCAAAAGUUUUCAUGAAUCGAUUGUUGCUACUACAGCAAAAGAUUCAAAUAACGCUGAAAGCAGAAAUUCGAAUGAGAAUUCUCGAAAUGAGGCUAUUGAAGUGAUUGCUAGUGAUAUCACAUCCGAGCAACAAGACAAAUUGAACUUACCACCUCCUCGACAAUGCAUAACGUCAGAAAUUCGCUUCACUCCUCGAGUUUUUCCAACACCGACACGAGAAUCCAAAGCUGCGGAAGAGGAAAACUGGUUACUGAAGAACCGCAAGCACAUCAAGCAACAUCAAGGUCUUCAUCGCUCGUCUGAUUACGAUAUCAGUGAAACCGAUCCGAUGUGGUUGAAAGCUAAAGGCGACGAUUUUUUUCAUACAAAAGACUUUCGAAGUGCCAUAAACGCAUACGGUGAAUCCAUUCUGGCCGUAUCUAACGACAAUACAGAGUUUCUCGCGACAUGUCUAUCAAAUCGUGCAGCUUGUCUAUUGCAGCUUGGCGAAUUUGAGGAAUGCAUUACUGACUGCUCAAAAGCACUGACGUAUCUACCAGACACACGCGAUAAAAAUGACAAUAUGAAAAAUUACCGCCUUAAGCUCAAACUCUUUGUGCGACGUGGCACUGCGUACUGUCGAAGUGGUCAGUAUAGUCAAGCGAAAGCCGACUACGGUGUCGCGUGCUCCAUGGAUACUCAAAACUCACAGCUUCACGACGACUUCAUGGAGCUCAUAGCGAUGGAAAAAGCUCAAGAGUUCAAGCAAAUUGGCGAUACGAUCUUUAGAGAAGGCAAAAACCUUGCCAAUGCUAUUCAAAUGUACUCCGAGUCGUUGCAAUUAAAUCCUCUUUCCAUCGCUUGCUUAUCCAAUCGCGCUGCGUGCUACCUGAUGCAACAUUGUGCCAAGGAAUGCAUUUCAGACUGUACAAAUGCACUUGAAUUACUCCAAGAAGACGUCACAUCUCUUGGCCAAGAGCAAGGACAUGCCUUUUUCUUAAAUGGUCCGGCGGCAGGAUCAUCUCAACGUCGUAGUUGGGUAGUCAAAACACUCGUUCGACGUGGAGUCGCAUACUUAUCACUUCGCGACUUGGACAAAGCUGAGCAAGAUUUUGCAGCAAGCGUGGAACUUGAUCCAUCGAAUGAAGCUUUAAAAGCCGAUUUAGCUCGAGUUCAAAGUGAAAAGAAGCAAAACGAGUCUCAAUGCGAUCACGCGUUUCUUCCACUUGCUCCACUUCAAGUUUAA